CAAACGCUUAUUAUGCGAAUAGAGAGCAACGUGAGCCACUGAGCAACCAAGGGACGGACUGGAGUGGAUUUGUGGGGGAAGCCAACAUUAUCCGAGCUGGAAUGGACCGCUACUCUGCCGUAUGGAGUUUGAUUUCACACUGGACCGCUGUCUGAUUCGGACGCUUCGGAUCGGUUCGGCUAUAUUGCGCACAAGUAUCACGCAACACUUGAAGUACAGCGAGGAUUAAUAUCUUCCAACUCAACACGCGGGGAUUAUUGAAGGACCACAUCAGACCUCGGUUGACCACCAGGGGUUUGGUCUCGACCGGAUAGUACCCCGAGCUCUUUUUGACAUUGAAUCAUGGAUCGGGGAGGUGGGGAAACAACAACGGCCAGAGACAUGAUUUCUCUGCACUGUUUGCGCCCUGCAGCGAGGUUCGGCGUUGGCGCUCUGUCAAUGUUCCGAUGCAACAAAAGUUACAAAGCGAGUCUAAUUCGUGGAUUUUGAACUGGAUCUGCCAUUUUGCACCUGCUUUAGCAGAUAGCGCCUCGACACGGUGCAGAUUCGUGACCAAAAGCGUGUGGCUUUUGCCUUCCCCUCCUCACGCUUAUGUUUAUACUUGCGCGUUUGCUUGUCGUAAUGGAGAUCGCCGAGGUUUUUUACCCAAGGUCAUUGAGCGUCCAAGGCUUGAGUUACACACACGAUCAUUUAUAGUCGUUGCAGCGUAGCCAAGGAUCGUUCACUGUGUUUUGUUUGUGAUUCCACGGCGCAGACAGACAGCGUCUCCCGUGGAGUUCUGUUUGCAUUGGUUUUGACACUCCAAGACCCCCCCGCCCCCUUUUCCUCCGCCCCCCUUUCCCUCCUCUUAACAUGGAUGGGAAAUUGAAGAAGGGUCGGAGAUGCCGACCCAAGAGGGAAACGGGGAGAAGGUUGCGAGAGACGGGGAGCAAAGACCCCCGCAGCCCCGAUCCCAACUCCACGUACUCCGACAGGGAGGAACACAGCCCGAAUAGGGACGCUAAAAGGGCGUCGCACCCCGCAGCGGCCGCCAGAUCACCGCGCACUCCCCGGCGGAAGAGACGGGAGUCCAGCUCACAGGAAGAAGAUAUCAUUGAUGGAUUUGCUAUCGCCAGUUUCAUCAGUCUGGACAGUCUGGAGAAGAAAACGGGGCUUCUGAAAACACAAGAGAAGGAGCGGUGGAAGGAGAAAAGGGUCGUGAAACGGCCCAAGGAAGAUGAGGAGGUGGAAGAGGAAGAGGAGAAUGUUCAGCCUAUUGUCGAUCCACUGGAGAAUAGAUUCUUUCAUCAUGCUCAGCGAGAACAGGAGAGGAUGAACGAGAGGCUGCUCAAAAAAACAUAUUCCAAGAAGAACAAAAUGAUCAAACCAAUAUUGCUCUGUCCAGUCAAAUUUUGUAAGGAUGAAACAGUGCCAGACUUCAGCCUACCUCAAAGGAGCUGCACCAAGGAGCAGCUGAAUGAGAGUUCCACUCACUCGCUGUCAGGCCGCGACUACUCGGUGCCGCCAGCAGCAGUGACCCUCCUCAAGUGUGAUGGUGAGAGUGACAUUGACAGCAAGGUGUCUGACGUAGGAUCAGAGAAGCUCUUUUCUCCCACCACACCCAAAGGUGUGCCAGCGAAUGAGAGUCGUGAGUCUAAGAGUUGUAGCUCAACCAAAGCGUCUGGUCUUCAGCGCAGUCGGGAACAGAACAAUAUUGAGGUGCCAUUUGCACCCCCGCUGCCCAGCCCUACCCCGGCGUCAGCGCCAACGGGCUCUCCGGCCCCCGCUGCAGCUGCGGCGCCCCAGGAACCUCCUCGAUCUCGCCUCCUGACCCCGUCUCCUCUCGGCGUCAAGAGGGAGCCGCAAGGUCCACCCCCUGUCCCUUCCCCUUGCCUGCUGAGGGCACCACCCCAGUUCUACCCUCCUCAUCCACACUCACAGCAAGAGCCCUGCGUCCAUCCACCCCCACAUCCCCACCACGCCCGGCCAAUCCUAAACCAUCAAGUGCACCACCCGCUGCAGUACAACCUCCACGACAUCAGCCACCAGAGCAGUCCUGUUCUGCCUAAACACCACCUCACUCCAUCUCAACAUCACCCACUCAGUGGGCUGCCCUCCUCGGCCCCCAACUUGCCUCUGUCCAUAGCCAACCUCUCUACCUCGCACUAUUCCUCCCUACGGAGCCCGGCACAUCGCCAUUCGGCCAUGUUUGCAACCCCAGCCACACUGCCUCCACCACCAACCUUACCUACCAACAGUUUAGUGGUGCCCGGGCACCCUGCGGGUACCCCCUACCCAGAGCAUGAUCUACUGCGGCAGGAGCUGAACAACCGAUUCCUGGUUCAGAGUUCAGAGCGAGGCCGGGGGCCACCCGCCUCGCCGCAGGCCCCCGUGUCGCUCCUGAGGGCAGAGUUUCACCAACAUCAGCACAUGCACCAGCACCAACACACCCACCAGCACACCUUCACGCCCUUCCCCACCAGUCUGCCCCCGGCCGCCAUCCUCACCCCGCCCACCGCACCUCCCAUGGUGCGUAACCAAGCCAGAAAUUUUGACAAAUAUACUCCAAAACUGGAUAAUCCGUUCAUCAGACAUCAUUCAAAUUUCUUCCCGUCCUACCCCCCUACCAUGCCAGGUAUGCCCCCGCUGCUCCCUCACUCAGGACCCUUCAGCUCACUGCAAGGAGCCUUCCAACCUAAGGCAUCCAAUCCCAUCGAUGUUGCAGGACGUCCCGGAGCAGUACCUCACGCACUCCUUCAGAAAGAUCCACGGAUAACGGACCCAUUCAGGACCAAUGUUCGAAAACCUGGCAAGUGGUGUGCGGUGCAUGUCCAGAUCGCGUGGCAGAUCUACCACCACCAGCAGAAAAUGAAGCAAAUGCAGCUGGACCCCCACAAACUAGACAUGAAUGGGAAGCUGGAUCUGUUCAGCCGACCCCCAGUCCCAGGUGUCUUCCCAGGAUUCCCAUAUCCUCACGACCUGGCCCGACCCCUCUUCUCCUCUACAGGCUCAGGCCACCCAGCUCCCUCUCCAUAUGGUCCUGCUCCCCACCCCAGCGGUUUCCUGCCUCCUAGCCAUUUGGCAGGUAAGUAUCCUUUCAGUCGCUCCAGUUCCUUUGGCGGCCUCGGCAACCUUUCAAGCAGUGCCUUCGGAGGAUUAGGCAACCCCUCGCUUGGGUCCAACAGUAUGUUUGGCCCCAAGGAGGGACCCGGAGGACUGCCCCCUUUUAGUAGUCCACAACAUGACACCUGGAACAGGCUGCGACGCACGCCGCCAUCUUUCCCUACCCCGCCGCAGUGGCCUAAAACUGCAGAUGCCGAGAGGAGCAGCUCCGCCAACAGCCAUGAGCGAGAACGAGAGAGGGAGCGAGAACGGGAGAGAGAAAGAGAGAAGAGAGACUCAUCUAUCGGAAAAGAAGAAAAGGAUAAAGACCGAGAUUCGGUGGAACGCAAUCGCCACUCCAACCGGUCAUCUCCAGCAUCUGCACCAGUCAGCUACCAGAUCAGCAACUUGAUACGCUCCACCAGCCAGAAUAGUGAUCCAGUUCGGCAUCACAGUGGCAGCGUGGAUCGGGUGCGCGAAACAGAGAAAGAGCUACUAGAGCGCCAUAGAGACUCCUCCGCCCUAGUCGACAUUAAGAUAAAGGAGAGCCGCUCUCCUGGCAAGGAGAUGCUUGAGAGAAGAUCUUCAGAAGACUCUAUCAAGCCAGUUCAGCGUUCUCCUUCUCCGUACUCCAAGGCAGUGACCAAUGAGCAGAGCAUGAAGAUGGCGGGUGGGCCUAUACUCAAAGACAGUGAGAGGAAAGAGCCUCCAAGCGGGGAACAGUUCCACAAGGUAAAAAAUGAUGACAUGAAGAUCAAGGAGGAGAGGAAAGAGGAGCAGGAUGUUAUGGUGGUGAGUUCUGAGCCAGCUAACCAGCCACCUGCACAAGUGCAGCCAGCUCUUAUGAGCCAGCCUGGAAAUCCACACCACCACCACCCUCCGCUGUCUCAGCAUCCUCAUCUUCCCUCCCCGCGUGGCAGUGAUAUUCCAGGGGCGGGUUUGCAUGCUGUCCCCAUGGCACACUCACUACCCCUUUCCAUGAGUGCCAUGCCCCAAAUGGGCAGCCUAAAUGUUCUGGACCGGGCACGCAUGGCUCCCUUCAUGGGAGUCAGCCCGCUGGCAGGAAGAGAACGUCUCCCCCACUCGGCAUUUCCUUGGGACCCUCUUCGAGAGGCCUACCGCAGCCUGGACCUGCAGAGGCGCAUGGACUUCCAACUCAGGGCCGAACAAGGGCAUCGCUUCCCCAGCGUGUACGAACAGGAGCGUGCCUACCGUGAGCGAGAAGCUCACGACUACUCUCACCACGAACACCUUUUGGAAGUACGCAGGGAGCACGAGAGGAUGAGGCAGCAGGCGGAGGAGCGAGAGCGCCUCCACCUGCGGGAAGAGCUGGACCGAGCGCGGCUCCAUCAGCUGCACCAAUCGCCCAUGGAAGGCCACCUACCGCACAUGCAUUCGUUUAUGCCCCACCUUGGUGGAAUGCCCUACCCCAGACUCAGCCCCUCCACUGGUCACAACGGCCUUCUGAACAGAACCCCCCCUACUGCUGCUCUCAGCGCCCCCCCGCCACUUGUGCCAGCUGGUAGUGCCAGGCCAGCCUCCCCCAGGAGGACUACACCCCUCACGACCACCCAGGACCCACGGGACUAUUCCCCAACUCGCAACCCCAAAGAGGUCGAGGCACGGUAGCUUCUUGGACGGAAAACUGCACUCACAAGCUCCACUUUCCCAAUUAGAAAUUGUCCUUUGAACAAAACGCACUCCUCUUCCACACAGAAGAGCAGACUUCCCCAAGGGAAAGGGUAUGUAUGUACAGUAUCUGAUUGAGCACAUGCCAUGACUCUUUUUUUGUUGACUGAGGGUUUGAGUCAAGAGAACACAAAUACACAUACUAUGUUUAUAGCCACCUUAAAUAUUUGAUAAUUAUUAAUAUAUUAAUCAAAUGACUUUUUUCAGCUGUAAGUGGAAAAAUAGGCUCUGAAGUGGUUUGUAUAUUUGCUAUCCUUGUUCCAUGUAUAGAUAUCAUUUCUAUUAAUUUGAUGUCAUUUGUGUGUUUGUCACACAAUAUUUAUCCCCAUUGAUUGUGUGUUAUAUCCAUUAUGACUGAAAAGACUAGAUUUGGAUUACCCUUGGGUAAUUUAACCUCAUGGUACCAGGAUAUCCUCAAAAUGGCAAUGUACAGUGUUAUAUAACCAAUUUGUUUUGCCUCUGAGAUAUGCAGACAAAUAUAUAUAAUGUCUUUGUUCAGUCUCUGUACAGAAAGCUGAUGUAUAUAACCUGUUAAUAUCCCUUUGCUGCAAAAUGACGGUGUAAAUUUACUAGGCUUUUUAACCAUUUCUUUAAAAAAAAAAAACAAAAAAAAAACAAUUGAGUCCAAUUUGUGGAAUUCAUCCUGCUUGAAUAUCAAGACAACAGACAAGCCAUGCCAAUGGAUGUAAAGUGACGGUAGGUGCCGGAAGGGAGCCUAGGAGGAUCAUCUGCUAUCUAUGCAAAGCAGCAAUGGCACACUAACUAGAUCUCCUGGAGGCAGCGUACUGUACUGGUGACACCGAGAGGCUUGGGUAAACUAUACCAAUGAUAGAACAAUGGUAUUAUUUAAAGACUUCCAUGUCAUUAACUGGGCCCGAGCCAGACAGAAAAGAAGGACACUUUAAAGUGAGCAACAAAAAAGACUUUCUCUGUCAAACUUGUGGUUAUGUGCAGUUGUUUUUCUUAGAUUCUUGUAUACAAAAGCAGUAGAGUUUUAGGCGUGCAAAGUAAAAAAAUGAACAUUCAUGGUUUAAAAUGUAUGGAAUAAAGUUUGGACCUAAUGUCA